GGGGCGGGGAAAGGAACGAGGCUGGCGGGCCGGUUUCCUGUACGUACCCUCACGCAGCGAGGGUCGGCUUUAGGCGCUCGCCUGAAGCCCAGGGUACUGACCUCAUCCCCGGCCAACCCACCGUGUCCUCAUUGCCUGUCGAGCCUCUCGCCCAAGUCAGGCCCGCCACUGAAGGCCCCGUCGGGGCCCCAGUUUUACCCCGGGGUCUGGUCUCCUCAGGCGGGAGGGCUUGAAUUGGGGUUUCCUCUGCUGCGGCCACUAAGUGUGACCUUCGAACCCUGGUCAGAAUAAUGGUGAGGGGCAGCGUGACGUUAUUUCAUUUCACGGCUUCGGGGGCAUUCCACAGGUUUCGUUCCGCCUCCUCAGAGCCUUCUUAACUCACAGAGUGGUUUCGCAGCUCCAAAAAAUGAGCCCGGAGCGGGGGCCACGUUCGGGGAGGCGAAGGGCAUUGUGGGGGCGUUAUGUUAAAGUAGGACCCCAACCGCCGGAGCCUCUGUCCUCGCGCUACCUGGGCACGUGGCAUUUUGAGCGGAUGCUAUUGGAAGGGUCCCGGGUGGGGAAGCUGAACCUAGCUUUGCAAACCUAGCGCUUUGCACAUGUCUGAGCCCUCAAGUUAUGUUUUUUUUUGUGUGUGUGUAUGUGUUUUUUCCUAGUCACACGUGCGUGUUCGGGUCAUGGCUAUUUGAUCGUCAGCUCCUUUGCUUAGAGUGGCGCCGUUUCGCCCUACGGAGACUACGAAGUCACAGAGACUGGAGCUUCUCCCCCUGCUCUCUCUCUUAUUUCUGUGUUAAAGCCUGUUUUUAUUUGGGAAGAUGAGACUCGGACAUAGGAUCAAGGAAGAUUUAAAGGGCUAGGCUGAUUGUUUUCUUUUUUCCUUUUCUUUCUUUCUUUCUUUCUUUCUUUUUUGGCUGAUUGUUUUCUUAAUAGUACAUCUUAUCUGGUGGUCAAGUUUCAGAGAGAAGCUGUUUUUAUUAUUGGUGAGGACGGGGAUGGGGGCAGAAUGCAACCUCUGGGCAACCUCAUUGAAUCUUCUUUGUUAAAAUAACCUUUACUAAACCGUAUGGGCUGUUAUUAUAGGGUUCCCUGUUUCUCCACAUGACCUAUGGUCCUAGGUUGUGAGGUCACUUAGGGAGUGAGAGGGUUUUUUUACUUUAAGGCUAUUUCUCAUCCCAGCAGGUCUCUGGGGGGUGGCUCUGGUCAGUGCAGAGCCACCAAGGGAUUGGCUUGCUUGUCUCAUACUCCCUUUAUCUAGUCUCAUCUUCUCAGUUCUCCCAAAAGCCAUGUCCAGGCCCUCCCUCAUCAGCUUCACUCCAGCCACCAACCCCAGUGACCUCUGGAAAGACGGGCAGCAGCAGUCACAGCCUGAAGAGCUGGAGCCCACCUUGGAUGGGACUGCAGCCAGGGCUUUUUAUGAGGCCCUGAUUGCAGAUGAGAGCAGUGUCCCUGAAUCUCAGGUAUCUCAGCCUGAACCUACCAGUAAGAGAAAGAGGAAGAAGAGAAGAAUGAUGAGGGAAGCUGCUGCAGGAGCCUCAGGAGGACAUGGACAAAGGAGAUCCCUUGAGGCAGAGGACAAGAUGACCCAGUGGAUACUGAGGGCAGCUCAGGAGGGAGACCUGGCAGAACUAAGAAGGCUGUUGGAUCCCCGUGAGGAAGGGGGAGCCGGGGGCAAUAUCAAUGCUCGGGAUGCCUUCUGGUGGACCCCCCUGAUGUGUGCUGCUCGAGCAGGCCAGGGGGCUGCUGUGCGUUAUCUCCUGGGCCGUGGAGCUGCCUGGGUUGGCGUCUGUGAGCUGGGUGGCAAGGAUGCUGCUCAGCUGGCCGAAGAAGCAGGUUUCCCUGAGGUGGCGCACAUGGUCAGAGAGAGCCAUGGAGAGACGAGGAGUACAGAGAACGGGUCCCAGUCCCCCUCCCUCCGGUACUGUGAGACCUGUGAUGCCCACUUUCAAGACUCUAACCAUUACACAUCCACUGCUCACCUGCUGUCACUGCCCCGUGAUCUCAGGUCCCCCAACCUGCCCAUUGGGGUUUCUGCCUCCAGCCCAGGCUUCAAGUUGCUGCUGAGGGGUGGCUGGGAGCCUGGAAUGGGGCUGGGACCCCGGGGUGAGGGCCGCACCAACCCCAUCCCAACUGUCCUCAAGAGGGACCAGGAAGGAUUAGGCUACAGAUCAGUGCCCCAACCCCGAGUCACACACUUCCUGGCUCGAGAUACUCGGGCCGUGGCUGGGAGGGAGAGAGCCCCUCGGGUGACCACACUGACCCGGAGGGAGAAGAGAAGGCAGGAGGAGAAGGACAGGGCCUGGGAGCGGGAUCUGAGGACAUAUAUGAACCUUGAGUUCUGACCUUGGUAAGUAAGGUCUGAUCCUGGUCUGUUGCUAAAGUCUGAACCUGGACCUAGGUACUUUAGCUUUUAUUUCCUGAGGUCUCCAGGUCCCAGAUCCUCAGAUUUUAGUCGAUGGGCUCUGCCUUUGGAAGAGAGGAGCCGAGAGCUGAAAAUAAAUCAAACUUCUUCCUC